GGAACAACAAGACAACCUCUCACGUCACCACCUCUCCGUUCACUUUCCCCUACAGUGUACACUGUACUUUCCCCUAAGACAUAACAGUGGUAGUAUAUAGGUGUUCUGUGCCGUAACCAACGUAAGCACGACCAACUACGAGUGUAGAAGUACGUACUACGGAAUUACUUCGUGACCGAGGAAAUGGCUAGGCUAGACGGCAAAGUUACUCUCAUCACAGGGGCCUCAUCGGGCAUCGGGCAGGCGACUGCGGUGCACUUUGCAUCUCUGGGCAGCUGGCUUGCGCUCAACGGCCGCCGGAAAGAUGCCCUGGACCAAGUUGCCCACCUGUGCCACGACAAGGGUGUCCCAAAGGACAAGGUCCUGGUGGUGGUGGGUGAUGUCUGCAAGGAAGACGACGUCGUUGCCAUCGUGAACGAGACACUGAAACACUUUGGCAAGAUCGACAUCCUUGUGAACAGUGCUGGCAUUCUCAAGAACGGCACUACGGAGAACACACCACUGUCGGUUUAUGAUGAGAUAAUGAAUGUGAAUCUCCGCAGCAUCUUCCACAUGAUGCAGCUCGCCAUCCCACAUCUCAAGAAGACCAAGGGGACCAUUGUGAACGUCUCCAGUGUCACGGGUCUGCGAGCUUUUCCCAACGUUGUUGCGUACAACAUAAGCAAGGCUGGUCUGGACCAACUGACGCGUACUGCAGCUCUCGAGCUGGCUGCUGAUGGUGUCCGGGUAAAUGCCGUGAACCCGGGUGUCAUUGUCACAGAGGUGCACAAACGAGGUGGCAUGACUGAAGCCCAGUACACACAGUUUCUGGAGCACUGCAAGACUACUCACGCCAUGGGUCGUGUGGGCACAACUGAGGAGGUGGCACGUUCUAUCGCCUUCCUGGCCUCGGAUGAUUCCUCUUUCAUCACUGGCCAGACGUUGGCCAUCGAUGGAGGGCGCAGCAUCAUGUGCCCACGAUAAAUCCUUCCAUACACUGCCAACAGCUUAGACGUCAGCCCUCUCUUGAAAUGGUCACUUUGAUAUAGCGCUGAAGACGAUGGCGAUAGCGGACGCUUGUUAUUUUGUGUAAACUUCAGCUUCUAUUCGUACUAUUUCUGAAUAAAUAUAUAUUUUGUG